AUGAGCUUUGGCGGCUUUCUUCUCUCGGCGGGACUCUACUUGCUCCUGGUCGCCCUAUUCGUGUCGCUGUUUCUGCACAUUAUGAGCUUUCGCUACCGCAGUCAGCAGAACCGGCUACUCUACUACCCACAGAUUCCCCCAGAGAGCCGCGAGGUCUGCGAAGACCCGGUGGCCCUUGGCAUCCCUUACGCGGAGCGUGUGUGUGUCACCACCGCUGACAAAGUGAGAUUGUGGGGCUACAUGCUAUGGCCAGGGCCUUCGUCGUCAGUGGAGAAGGGCAGCAAUUGCAGCACCCCCGACGCGAUUGGACGCACAUCCCCGAAUGUGGGCACUACAGUGGGAGGGGUGCGUGUGGAGGUGGAUGGAGCAGGUGACCUUACAGACGGCAUCAGCGCCGGCAGCACCCUGUCCAGCAGCAACCGAAACGCCAGCUUAUCGAGCGGGAUGCCGAGCUUUGUGAUGCUGUACUUUCAUGGAAACGCCGGUAACGUUGGCCAUCGCCUGCCUCUUGCUCAGGCCUUUGUGGCGCAUCUGAAGUGCGCUGUGAUGAUGGUCGACUAUCGUGGUUUCGGGCUUAGCGAUGACGCGGAGCAGACGCAGGAGACGCUGGAGCUGGAUGCGCAGGCCUGCUUUGACUAUUUGUGGAAGGACCCUCGAGUGCCCCGUGAUCGUAUCGUGGUCAUGGGCACCAGCCUCGGUGGCGCUGUUUCGAUCCACUUGGCUGCCCACAGGCACUACGCCCGUCGUGUUUGUGCUGUGAUUGUAGAGAACUCCUUCAGCUCCAUUGGCGAUAUGGCCUCUGCACUGAGCCGGCCAAUCCUGACGAAGUUGGCAAGCCGAUGCCCAAGCCUCGCGGCCGGGGUCUUCGAUUACUACGUCAAGCCCUUGGCAUUGCGGAUUAGCUGGAACAGCGCGCAAAAGGUGACGAAGGUUAUGGUGCCGAUGCUCUUCCUCUCUGGUAUGUGUGAUGAGAUAGUGCCACCAGAGCAGAUGCGGACACUAUACAAGGCAGCGACAAAGUGCCUGCGUGAUGGCAACGGCAGGAGCCUCACCAUCCCGUUGCGUCGCUUUCUCGAGUUCGAGGAAGGGCGGCACAACAACCUGCCGCUGAUGCCCGGCUACAUGAGCGCUGUGCAGGAAUUUCUCACAGACGUGCGCAACAGUGGGAGUGCGGCAGCCAUUUGA